AUGCAUAUUGAGUCAAUUCCUAUGAGAUGGGGUACCGGUGAUAAUUAUUCGUAUUUAUUAAUAGAUACACCUACUAAGCAUGCUUGGUUAAUAGAUCCGGCAGAGCCUAAAGAUGUAACGGCAUAUUUUAAGAAACAUAAUCCUAGUUUUGAAUUGAAGGCAAUAGUAAAUACUCAUCAUCACUAUGAUCAUGCAGGAGGAAAUAGCGAUUUCCAUUUGAAAUAUCCUGAUUUACCAAUAAUUGCUGGAAAGGAUUCUCCCCAGGUUACAUAUACGCCAUCGCACCAAGAGGUCAUUGACUUGGGAGACAAUUUAUCAAUUACUGCCUUACAUACCCCAUGCCAUACACAAGAUUCGAUUUGUUAUUUUGUUAAGGAUUCAUCCACGAAAGAAAAGGCUGUUUUCACGGGAGAUACGUUAUUCAUUAGUGGAUGCGGCAGGUUUUUCGAAGGUUCUGGAGAAGAGAUGGAUAAGGCAUUAAAUUCAAUUUUGGGAAAGCUUCCAAAGGAAACAAAGGUUUAUCCGGGGCACGAGUACACCAAGUCGAAUGUCAAGUUUUCUAAGACUGUUUUGAAUAAUGAUGCUAUUAAGAAGUUAGACAAGUUCGUAAAUGAAAAUGAAUUCACUACUGGAGAAUUUACGAUUGGUGAUGAAUUAGAAUUCAACCCAUUUAUGAGAUUAAAUGAUCCAAACGUGCAAAAGAUCACCGGUGCUUCGAAUAGUGUCGACGUUAUCAGUAAAUUAAGAGAAAUGAAGAAUAAUAUGUAA